UAAAUUUUUAUUCUCUUUGGUAGGCUAAGCCGUGCAAAAGUCUGUGGGUGGCUGGGAUAGGCCAGUCUGUUUCUAAAGAAGAAUUAGAGGAACAUUUUAAGAAAUUUGGCAAAAUCCUAGAAUUCAAAUUCAUAAAGGAUCGGAACACAGCUUAUAUUGACUAUGCUCGUUUGGAAGAUGCUACAGAAGCACUUAAAACUAUGAAUGGGAAGCAGAUCAGUGGAGAACAGAUUCGUGUGGAUUAUCUCAGGUCACAUCCUGCAAGAAGGGAGCAAGGUCUUGACUUUGCAAGGGAGGGACAAUUUCCUUAUAGGAAUACUUUGCAUACACAAGAUUAUGUGACAGCUUACUCUGAGCCUACACAUGCAGGGUCCAAAAGGCCACACGCCAUGAAGAACAGUUUCUUAACAGUGUUGCAAAACAUUAAGGGUACUGAGGACUUGGCAAUCAAGAAGCACGACCUUGCCAUGAAGCGCCUAAAAGAUAGGCACAACCACCUGCUGCAGAAGAAAAUGGAGAAGAGUUGUGCAUCAAUUACUGAUGCAUUGACUUUGCUUACUGAAGCCAGCGCCGCUGUGAAAUUGCUUCAUACGGAUUUGAAUAUGAUUGCUGAAGAAACCAAAUCAGCAUUGAAUUUGCUCUGUGCUUUGCUACCUCCGGUGGAUUCUGGGUUGAACUUGUCGGCUGACCCUAGUGUUCCUCUUGCUGACUCUGAAUCCAAGAUGAAAUCUAACGAGUCUUCUUCUGACCCUUCUCCUGACCCUGCCCCUGCCCCUGCCCCUGCUGCGAAGAAUGAGAAGACCCACCCUCCCACCAAUGCUGAGGAGGAGCUCCGACCUUCGCUAAAUUCCUUAAUGAACAAGCAUAAUGACGCUGUCAAACUUCUUGAUAAUAUGUCUGAGAUGGACCAGACACAGGAUAAAAGGGCUGAAAAGAUAUCAGCAGUUAUAGAGAGAAUUUCCACACUUAUAUGGAGCUUGAUCGAGGUGCAGGAAAGCCUUGAAUACGGACUACUUGACUGAAAGUUUUGCCGGCCAAACAAAUUUUAGCUUUCUGAGUGUUUGUAUAAGUCAUGACUUUGUACAUGUUCUUGUUUACGAAUUUGGAGGAAUUCUUAAAGAAUAAGGUUCUGUGGCAUCGGUCUUUGUUUUACCUGAGAGUAACUGUAUAUUACAUUGCUACAGUUGCAGAAGUUUUGCUUUGGAGAGAUGAGAAGAUUACAUUCGCUCAUUUUCUGCUAUGGUUUUUGAUAUAUUACUGGUUUUUCCUGUAUGGAAGAACUUUUGUUUCA